AUGCGAUCUACUUCCAGGUCUUUGUCGAAAGCUCUCGAACCAGCAUGGCUCGAGGCUGCAUCAACUUCGUCCUCCACCGCCUUCCUGAGCAUUGAUUGCUCGUCUCAGAUCGAGGCCUGCCAGAAACGCGAUCCCGUGUCAUCGUCUAGCAUUCAGCUCUUCAAAGGAGAAAGCAGCAUUGCGACUUAUCAAGGUCCUCGUAGAGCGUCCGGUAUUACUAGCUGGAUUGACAGGGCGCUACGACCAUCUGUCAAUGAGCUCUCAAUAGAGUCUGCGGACUUUUUCGAAAAUAUAGAUGAGACGGUCUUCAUUGCCCGUAUCCCCUUGGGGGGUGGCGCCUCCCGGUUGGCCGUGGAAGAAGUAGCGCGCAAGUAUACACGGGAAUUCACGUUUGGUAUCCUCGGCGUGUCGGAACACCAGGACUUGGACCAGGAUAUGCCCGUGAUCAAGUGUUACCGGCCUCUUGACAACGAUGUGAAGUCGCACACUGGCCCCUUUGAUACGGCAUCCUUGGAAACAUUUGUGAAGGAGGCCUCGCGCCCCAUAAUUGGCGAGCUACUACCCGGCAAUCAUCAACGGUUUCUUGAUCGUGGCUGGCCCAUGGUGUACGUCUUUGCCGCUACAGAGAGGGAUCGAGCCGAGCUGAGGGAAACCCUGAAAAAAAUGGCUCGUAGCUACUAUGACUCCCUCACCAUGGUGACGGUGGACCCUCUCGAUUUUCCUGAGUUGCCAGAAAAAUUGGGACUUGACCCUGGGUCGUUCCCAGCGGGCGCCGUACACCAACUAUCGACUGACAGAAUCUAUCGCUACCCCAAGGGGCAGCCGAUUACAGCGAACGCCUUGCAGAAAUGGGGUCUCGAUGUUUGGCAGGGACGUGUCCGUCCUUGGAAUCCUUCUGGUUCUACUGCUGUGCCUGAAACCGAGACCCAGGGCCGAAUCAAGGCAUCGAGAAAGAUCUCAAUCAAGAGUUAUCCAGGAAUAAAGGUUAACAUUGGCCGCGACGAGCUAUAG